UUGGCUGGCCGGUCGCCACAAGUUGCCAAUAGUUUUUGUGCAGAAAGGUAUGUAGGCAAGCCAUAGUUUAUGCGGCGAGCAAAAGGCGGCAUUUGACGUCGAUGGCACGUCCAUGACAUGUGGGGUAUGCUGGCAUUGAAACGCAGCGCAGACACGAGUUCGUUAAAGAUAACAAAAUCUGCAACUUGUGAGAAGAAACCGAGACGCUCGUUACCCGCUGCCUUCAGAUAUAUAUACAUAUGGUUCAGUCGCUGGUCACCGGACUGCCAUAUGCAUGAUUGCACACUGCACCGUGCGCACCAGCAUCCAGCCAUGUCGCCGUUUGCGCCUCCAUACAACACCAACGUCCUCCUGGCCGCGGUGACCGCGCUCUCGGCGGCGAUCGCCUUCGUCGCCGCGCUCCACCUCUACGCCCGGUGCUUCCUGCAGCGUCGUGCCACCACCGCCGCCGCAUUGAGCAACCCUCACGCGCUGGCGCUGGCGCUGCAGCGGCCGCCGGACGGCUACGAGCUCGAGGUGAUCACCGUCGACGCCGCGUGCGCGCCGGAGCCAGCGGGGCUGGGCGCCAAGGAGCUGGGCGCGCUGCCGGUGCUCGUGUGGGAGUCUUCGUCUGCCAAGGUGGCGGCCGCCGCCGCCGCCGAGCAUUGCGCCGUGUGCCUCGGGGAGGUGGAGGACGGCGAGCUGGGGAGGCUGCUCCCGGCGUGCAGCCAUGCGUUCCACGUCGGAUGCAUCGAUGCGUGGCUCCGACUGAGCUCCACGUGCCCGGUCUGCAGGUCGGCGGUGAGGAUGCAGGAGGAUGGGGCGGCGCCGGUGGCCUGAGUGGCUGGCCCCGUGAGCUAGCUAGAGCUGCCGAGUGCAGUGUACAUGGGUAAACUAUAGACGGCUGGCAAUGGUUUUCUGUUCUUUUUGUUUUGUCUUGUUAUUAAGAUUAUUAAUUCCAUCAAAGUUCUAGGGAUUACAUGCUGGAAUUUAUAGAAAGGGCAGUGCUACGCUUCGGCGGCGGAUCUUUUAAAAAGAUCUGCCGCCUCGCGAGCCGUCCGAUUGUACAAUGCGGGUCGUUUGUUCUUCUUCUUUAAUUUUCUGCAAAAAUACUCUUAUUGUGAA